AUGAGUGGCAGUGAUGUUACGUACGCAGAUUGGAAAGUGGUACUUCUUGGUGGAUCAUCGGUAGGUAAGUCUUCCAUUGUGACGCGACUGGUAACGGGUAAGUUUAUGAAGAACAGUGCAACCAUAGGUGCAGCGUUCAGUUGGAAAGAGGUUUUCCUAGAGGAUAAGAAGGCAGUCAAGCUAUCUGUGUGGGAUACAGCUGGGCAAGAAAGAUACAGGGCACUCACACCGAUGUACUACCGAAACACGGACGUCGCACUAAUAGUGUACGAUGUGACAAACUCAACUAGCAUUGAAGGUGCUAAAAGCUGGAUUGAGGAAUUGCAUAAUUAUGUCAACGAGGAUAGACGGAACAAAAUAUCCAUAUGGCUCGUCGGUAAUAAGAUCGAUUUGCUACCUACCGCUCAAGAUUCUGACACUACUUACCCACACGAAGACGUACUGCGAGGGAUUAUGCACGAUAUACCCAAUCCAAACGAACUUGCAUAUGUUAGUGCCAAGACUGGAGCAGGCAUCGAGGAGAUGUUCAAUGAAAUAUCCAGGCAAGUGCCGGAAGAAGCUUUUGAAGCUUCUAAUAAAGACAGUGAGUUGCUUCAACUAAAUACCACUAAGAACUCAUCGCACAGUUGUAACUGCUAA